AACCCUUUUCAUUCUUCCUGGAAUUCGUCGUCGAGCGGUGGCGGUGCAAGGUGAUUUGGGAGCUUGCUGCUGGUGUUGAAGGACAUAACAAGCUUUGAGUAAUGAAGAGUAAUAGUAGGCGUGUAAGAUGGAAUGAGGUAAACCUGGGAGAAAUAGAAGCAAAUAAACCUGAAAGGCAGAAAAUUACUGAACCAAAGACUCCAUAUCACCCCAUGAUUGAUGACGAUGGGUCUGUGUCUCCUAUGCACCGCAGCUUCAAUGAUUGUAUCGGUGAUGCUAUGGAUGCAGAGGAAUUAUGCAAUGCUUUGAAUGAUGUAGCUUCUUCAAGCAGAAAAACUACCAGGCAGUCUGCUGGUUGGACAUCAUCUAAGGAUGAGGCAGACCCUAUGGAACAUGACGAUGAAGGUUCUCUAACCAAUGUUAUUAUGUUCUCUAUUUGAUAUGAUUAUAUUAACUUUGAUUGCCUUCCUGUAAGCAGAAUAACCAUUUCUGAUGACUUCUUUACCUCUUUGUCCUUAGUAUCACUCAUGAUAUCAAAGUGUUUUGGGUAAACUGCUGCUUUCAAAGAGAGUAAACUACCAAAAAAAAUUAAUUUUUCAGAAGUGUGACAUGUGAUGACCAAACAAAAAAAGUGUGAUAUGUAUUCAGCUUUAAUUAAUGUGGGUUACCCCUUUCUUUUGGUUUUGUAGUGAAAUUCGUUUAAUAAUUUUAGAAAGAUUCUGGGCAUAUAGCUGUCAUGGUUGAAUUAUAUACCUGAUAUUUUUAAUUGAAAGGCUAAUAAUGUAGCAUAUGGAUAUUAUGGAUUAUAUGUUUGGUAAGAAUUUCUUCCUCAUCAUUCAUGAGAUUUCUCAAUUAAUUUCUUUGUUUUGAACUUCAUGAUGUUGCUUUUGGUUGGGAUUUUAUGUGGCAUUGGUACCUUUGUUCUUGGCCAUCACCCAUGUGCACCAGACCCCACCCCCCGUUUUUUGUCUUCCCUCACACUGUAGUCCUCCACCUUCCAAACUGUUUUACCUCCAUUUUGAACUUACCCUCCAUUUUCAAUUUAUGCUUGAUGAAAUAGUCUUCUCCAUUUUUUGUAGAUUCUGAGACAGAUCAAUGUGGUAUGAGUUUCAAGGAACAGAGACGGGCGCACUAUGAUGAGUUCCUGAAGGUCAAGGAACUGCAGAUGAAGGGCUCCUUCCUUGAUGAUGAAGAAGAUAAUGGCGAAGCUGAUUCAUCUACAUCAUUAAGCACUGGUGUCCAAGACAUAAACAUCGAGGAAGGUACUUCAACUUUGCCCCAUCAAUCUUCUGCACCUCCAGUACAUGGAGCUCAGAAACCGUGAAGCCUGUCCAAGUCCUAUAGUCUUUUGACAUUAACCGUUAGAUCUAAACCAAACAGUAAACCAUUAGAUAUUUCCUAUUAUGUAUAUGCUGUUUGAAACAUCUAAACUAA